AUGCAGGACGAGCCGUUGGAUCUUUCGCUGCCGACGACAUCGACGACAACGCCGUCAGCGGUUCCACAAUUGCCCGUCGAGUUCGAGCAACAACUUCAGGCGGCACUCGUCGAAAUGUACUCGAACAUCAUCAAUGAGAAUAUUUUGGGAAUUUUGGCGCAAUUGGUCGCCAAUGGUGUCAGCACUGAGGAGAAGACCGACGAAAUGAUCAAUGUCGUCGAGGUUGCUGAGGAGGAGGAGGCGGCCGAGGCGAAGAAGCCGCCGAAGCGGAGGAUGUCGAGCGAAGAGGAUGUGGAGAGGAAGGCGGAUCGCAAGAGGAAGUCGCAGUUUUGCCCGAAGAGAUUCGAGGCGAAUGCGCGCGAACGCAAUCGGGUCCAACAGUUGUCGAAUAUGUUCAAUGAGCUGCGCGUCACACUUCCGCUUCCCGAUGAGGUGAAAAUCUCGAAAUUGUCGACGUUGAAGGUCGCCACCGCCUAUAUCGGCUUCCUCGGCAGCAUUCUCAAUGAUGAUGAGGAGCAAAAAACGACCUAUGAGGCUCAAUUGGCCAGGGAGCUCGAAACGGCAAAAUUGCUCCGAAAGUGA